AUGGAGGUGCCAUUUGCCAAAGACUUCCAGUGGCAAACACUAGCACCGCUUUCCAGCCCACGUGUGUACUGUUCUCUUGUGGAAGCUGGAGGACAGAUCUUUGCUGUGGGAGGAUGUGAUGAGGCAGGAAAAAUCCAAUGAACACUUUUGAGCUGUUUUCUCCAGAAGCCAACCGCUGGACCAGCCUAGCGCCAAUGCCAUCUGCUAGAGCAGGGGUGGCGGUGGUCUCGUUGGGCAAGAGAAUUAUGGUAGUUGGAGGAGUGGGAGAAAACCAGUCACCUUUAAAAGUGGUAGAGGUCUACAAUAUUGAUGACGGCAAGUGGAAGAAGAAGAGCUCCCUUCGUGAGCCAGCCAUGGGUAUAUCAAUCACUGUGAGAGAUUGCAGGGUUUAUGCAGCAGGAGGCAUGGGUUCAGAUCUGCGACCACAUAGUUUCCUUCAGCAAUUUGACAUGCUAAAAGACAUUUGGGUCCACCUUGCCCCAAUGCCAACACCUCGGUAUGGUGCUACCUCCUUCCUACGAGGAACAAAGAUUUAUGUACUAGGUGGCAGGCAGUCUAAAUAUGCAGUAAAUGCUUUUGAAGUCUUUGACAUUGAAACUCGUUCCUGGACAAAGUUCCCCAAUAUACCAAACAAAAGAGCCUAUUCAAGAUAUGUCCUAAAUGAUGGCUCCGUCUACAGUUUAGGAGGACUGCGACAAGGUGGUACAUAUCGCAGGCCAAAAUUUACCAAGACUGUGGAUAUAUUUGAUAUGGAGCAAGGAGGCUGGGUGAAAAUAGAUCGCUCCUGCUUUCUAAGGAAAAGAAGAGCUGAUUUUGUUUCGGGUGCAAUACAUGGAAGAGUUAUCGUUUCAGGGGGUCUUGGAAACCAGCCAACAGUCUUGGAAACAGCAGAGAUAUUCCAUCCUCUGAAGAAUCGGUGGGAAAGUCUAAGCCCGAUGCCAACGCCACGGUGUGCCUGUGCCUGUACUGUCCUAAAAAAUAGAUUGUAUGCAAUAGGAGGAGUAAACCAGGUCCCUAGUUCCGCUGUAGAAAUGCUGAGUGUGGUGGAGACUUGA